AUAUGUCUGUACCAACAUAUUAUUAUAUAGCAGUGAAGGGUUCUUUGUAUGCAAGUGACUGCUCAGUCUUUGGACUAAUUCCAGCAGAAGUUCAAGCAUUAUCAACGAAAUAUCCUUCCUCAAUUGAAGUGAUUAAUGGAAUGACCAUUAAGGGUCCACCAAUCCAAGUAAUAAAUACAUUGAGUGAACUUGGCUAUAAAGUUGUCUGUAGCACCGGUGAAGCAGAAGUGGUAUGGACUCUUCAGAGGGAAGUGUGAAAUAACAAGAACUUCA